ACGAGGCGCGAAGCCGUAAACUCUCAAAACACUUGUACCCACGCACACGCCUCACGCGCUCUCACAAAUUAUACUAAACGCCAAAACUUUCUCGAACAUUUUAUUUAGAGCCGCCAAGCCGCUGACUGUCUUACUGUCGGCGCGAUCAGCUUGGUUGAGUUGUUGUUGUUGUUUGGUGAUUAAGGGGGAGCCGAUCAUGGAGCCGCCGCCACGGCCUGUGGCAGCAGCACGAUAUAUUGCUCAGAAUUCCAGGAAGCGAGUGAUCUCCGGUGGUGGUAGUUCUUCGUUUAUGGACUCCGAAGUGACAGAAAUUCCUCCGCCGCUGUUUCGGACUCGGAACAAGAAUAGACACAAACCGGUUGUUGUUUAUGAAGUAAUUGAUGUUAACAGCGAUGAGGAAUCUGCUGAUAUUAUUGAUGUUGAUGAGAACGUUGAGUCAAACAACAAAGGGAAGGCAGUAAAAUAUGAUUCUUAUGGCUCUGGUAGUUCUCAACAUAAGGUUUCUUCGAAGAGUCCUGUCUCUGGUUCUGGUUCACAUAAUGUAAUCAACCUUGAUGCUUAUGAUGAUGCAUGUGCUGAUUUGGAUGAUAAUUUCAUGGAUGUUGAAGAUUGUGCACUUUUGCAAGCUUAUUUUGAUAGUGUGGACAUUCCUGCUGGAGUGGAGGCACCUGUACCCUGGUUGUCAGAUCCUGCUUUUAGGAAAAAGAAGACAGUUAAUGGAAGUAGUUCAUCAUAUAAGGAGCCUACUUCAGUGAGUAUUUCAAGUUUGCAGAACUCAGUGGGUGUUCUGGGUCAUUCUACUGCAGCAGAUAUCUCUUCACCAGGGUUAUCUCCACAAUCUACCCUUGUCAAAGCUGGUUUGCAAGAUAGUGAGAGUUCUCCAAAUCUUCCGUAUGAUGGACUAACAUUCACUCCUUCCCAGCCUGGGCAGUAUCCCCAGACAAACCCAUACCUGUUUAACCCAGACCCUUUUUUCUCUGCUGGAUUUUUUCCAUUUUCACAUGGGCCUGGGCACGUUGGUACUAGUAGUAUACCUGGGCAAGUUGGUACUAGUAAUUUACAUGGUCAGGUUGGUACUAGUAAUUUAUUUUAUCCAGGUGCACCAAAUUAUCCUCCUGCAGUAGAACCAUCCAUGUCUUGGUGGGAUGAGUCUUUGAAUCCUGAAGUGGAUUCAAGUUUUGUUAGUUAUACAACUCAUCCAAGUUUUUAUGAUACUUCUGAUGUCUAUAACCCACCAGCAGAAUCAACAGAUAACCCUCAAGAUAGUACCAAUAAUAAACUAUGUGUAGAAGAAGAUGAUAUUUUGAAGAAGUACAAAACUUUUAAACAGUUUGAUACUGUUGAAGAUUAUUCCGAUAAUCACUACGCAUCUAUGUCUUCUUCAAUGAAACAGCCAUCAAAGAAUUGGGUGAAGCGAAUCCAGGAAGAGUGGAAAAUGCUGGAGAAGGAUUUGCCAGAUACAAUAUUUGUUAGGGUAUAUGAAUCUAGGAUGGAUAUUUUGAGGGCUGUGAUUGUAGGAGCAGAAGGUACUCCCUACCAUGAUGGUCUCUUUUUCUUUGAUGUAUUCUUCCCUAGUGGCUAUCCCAAUGUACCACCGCUUGUGUAUUAUCAUUCUGGUGGCCUUCGACUCAAUCCGAAUUUAUAUGCUUGUGGUAAGGUUUGUCUCAGUCUUCUUAACACCUGGUCUGGUCAGAAGAAUGAGAAGUGGAUCCCUUCUAUGUCAACCAUGCUGCAAGUUCUGGUCUCUAUACAAGCAUUGAUCUUGAAUGAAAAGCCUUACUUCAAUGAGCCUGGGUGGGCCUGUAUGAAAGGCACCGUAAAUGGAGAAAAUGAGUCCCGGAAGUACAAUGAGAACACAUAUCUUUUAUCAUUGAAGACGAUGCUAUACACAAUGAGGAGACCUCCAAAGCAUUUCCAGGAUUUUGUUGUAGGCCACUUCUACCAGAGUGCUCAUAAUAUUCUCAUUGCAAGUAAAGCAUAUAUGGAUGGGGCUCAGGUGGGAUCUCAUGUCAAAGGCGGCCCACAGCUUAUUGAUAAGUGUAACAGGAGCUGCCCAAAGCAUUUUAAGGACUCUUUGGCUGCAAAUAUCGAUUUGCUUGUAAAAGAAUUCAGUAAAAUUGGAGUCAAGGACUGUGAGAACUUCCUUGCUCAAACAAGCAGAAGGGUCCCUGUGGUUGGUAAUCAUCUACCUAAGGCUAAGGCAUCAAUAUAGACAAUUUCUUUUGAAGUGCUAAUUUUGAGAUUUAGACGCUGAGCGUUAUUUGACUAAGACAUUCAAGUUAGGUUUUCGACCUUAUAAUGUUAGCUUAGGUUUUAAGUACAAAUAAACGCAUGUUUAUUUCUGUAGGGUGCCUGCCUGCCAAUAAUUUUGGAUAUUGUACAUAGUUGUACAUAUGGAUGGGGUUAUUAAAGUUCAAUCUAUUUUUGAGCACAUUGUUAUGAUGGUACCCUUUCUUUAUAAUUACACCUUUUCUCA